GCAAAGGACAACCGUCACAGUAACGAAAAUGGCACACGGACACGGACCACAACCACUCAAGCAUGAACCAGCUUUCGACCUCUUCUACCGUUAUAGACAGACGCAGUCAGACAGAUUCCGUGUCACUCCUAAGAACUUGGCUCCUAUCCUUGUGCUAAUGAUUGGUAUCCCUAGCGCAUUGACGUGGGUUGCCUACAACUCGCAGGGUAAAUGGUUUAGAUUCGAAAAGAGAAGAACCACUCCGGCUUUUGAAAGAGAAUACAAACCAUGAGUGAAUUUCUCUUUGUUAUUUAUUUUGUUGACCAACUCCCUU